GCAUAUCCCUCUUGGCAAACACCAGGCGACACAGCUACGAACCACAAGGCGACAGUACCCAGCUCCCCUGCAGGACUCGGCGAGCAUUGGCAACCGUUGCGAUCCUUCGUUUGGAAACAUACAUCAACAACUUGGAUGUUGCUUCGACUUGCGGAUACCGCACGAAUUCCUGGAGACUUCGACACCGGCCCUACAAGCAUCAGCAAGUCGGAUUAUUCAAAGUUGCUAACGAGAGACGUUUUUUUUGGCGGAGCGAAGGGAGCGAUUUAGAAGGACAGGAACAAACCAUCAUGGCUCCCCCAACGAGCUCGGCGGCGGCGGCGGCGACCUCUGCGGCAGCGGCUACAGGACAUGGACAGGGGGCGGCUGAUGCCACUGCUAGCAUGGACCCGGACGUGGUGAACGAGAUGCUGGCGCAUUUUCUCUUCGUCGUUCUCGGUGCCGUUGCGGUUGUGCUGGCUGGCUGGAGGCUCACCACGCUCCUGGUCCGGUAUGUCAGGACCGUGACCUGCCUGCAUAACGACACACAGCGGUACUUCGCACAAGCGGGGGAGAACUUCUCGUGGUUCAAGCGGAACGUCGUCUACGCGCCCAUUCUUAGAAAGCGACACAAUCGGGAGUUCCAGGUCAGCUCGGCGCUCAACGUCGGCACAUUGCCCACACGGCUGCAACUCGUCUUCCUGCUGGGCUAUUUGGCUACCAACGUGGCAUUUUGCGUUGUUACGGUCGACUACUCCGGCCCGCUCAAGCAGGUGGCAGGGCUGGUGAGGAACCGGACCGGUUAUCUCGCCACGGUCAACAUGAUCCCUCUCUUCUUGAUGGCCGGCAGGAACAAUCCCCUCAUCGACCUUCUCGGAAUGUCGUUCGACACGUUCAACCUGCUCCACCGAUGGCUGGGCCGCAUCGUUGCCCUGGAAGCCCUUGCCCACACGCUGGCCUGGCUCGUCAGUAGCGCUUCAACCAACGGCUGGGAUGGUGCCUUCAGCACUAUCUUCAAAGUGCCGUUUUUGAUGUGGGGAUUCAUUGCAACUCUCUCAAUGGUCGUCAUCACCAUUCAGGCCGCCAGCAUGUUCCGGCAUGCAUACUACGAAACCUUCAAGCUCCUCCACAUCGCCCUCGCGAUCCUCUCCGUCAUCGGCCUCUGGUACCACCUGGACCUCAAGCGCCUUCCGCAGCUCAAGUAUCUCUAUGCGGUGGUCGUGCUGUGGGUCUUCGACCGCGCUGCCCGCCUGCUUCGCCUCGGCUACCGCAACCUCGGCGCGGGCGGCACCAAGACGCUCGUCGAGGCCCUCCCCGGCGGCGCCUGCCGCGUCACGGUCACCAUGGCACGGCCCUGGAAGUUUAAGCCCGGCCAACACGCUUACCUCUACAUGCCGACCAUCGGCUUCUGGCAAUCCCACCCUUUCACUGUCGCCUGGAGCGACGAGGCCGAUCAGCUGGAUGAUGAGAAGCUUCCCGUGGGCCGCCAGGACGUGCUCGCCAAGCGCAAGACCACCGUAUCCUUUGUCAUACGCGGCCGCACCGGCUUCACCGGAGCCCUAUACAGCCGCGCCGCUGCCCACCCCGACGGGAAGAUGAUCACGCGCUGCCUGGUUGAGGGUCCCUACCGUGGCUCGAGCCGACUGCACUCUUACGGCACCGUCAUGCUCUUUGCCGGUGGCGUAGGCAUCACCCAGGCCGUGCCACACGUACGGGACCUCGUGGCGGGCUACAGCAACGGCACGGUGGCGACACGCAAGGUGAUCAUGGUCUGGACGAUCCAGAGCCCGGAGCACCUGGAGUGGAUCCGCCCGUGGAUGACUGAGGUGCUGGCGAUGGAGAAACGGCGCGAGGUGCUACGCAUCAUGCUCUUUGUUAGCCGGCCGCGGUCGACCAAGGAGAUCCACAGCCCGAGCUCGACGGUGCAGAUGUUCCCUGGCCGGCCGAACAUCGAUACGCUCCUGGGGAUGGAGGUGGAGAGUCAGAUUGGGGCGAUGGCCGUUACCGUGUGCGGCCCAGGGGCGCUGAGCGAUGAGGUGCGGAGAGCGGUCAGGAACAGACAGUAUCAAGGAAACAUUGAUUUUGUGGAGGAGGCGUUCUCGUGGUAGAACGGUGAGGAUAAGAGAGGACGACGGUCAGUCAGCCUUGGGUUUGAGUCUGUCAAACAGACUGUGUCAGUUUUUUCGAUAGAAGGCGGUGGCUUUUGGGCAUCUUUUCGUAUUUGUCU